CCACUCCAUUUUCACUACACCCCCACCUCCGCAGCCAUGGCCAACGCCAACCCACUCCUCCUCCUAUCCUCUCUGCUACUAACAUACGCUAUCUGCUCUUUCUCCCUUCCUCCCUGCCCCUCUUGUGGAUCCACCUCUGUUCCCUACCCCCUCAGCACCGCCCCCAACUGCGGCGACCCCUCCUACAGAAUCCGCUGCGUCUCCGGCACACUGCUGUUCGACUCCUCCAACAACUCCUACCCAAUCACCUCUAUUUCCCCCUCCAAUCAACGCCUCAUAGUCGCGCCCUCUUCCUUCCUCCCCAACACCUGCAUCGCCGCCGAUCUCCCCUCCAACGGCCUCCAGCUCAACUCCUCCGCCCCCUUCAACAUCACCAGCAGCAACACCAUAUUCUACCUAAACUGCUCCGACACAAUUCUCAACUCCCCUCUAAACUGCACCUCCAACAGCCUCUGCCACCUGUACGUCAACGGGACCAACUCGGCGAGCGAUUGCGGCAACACGCCGUGCUGCGCGUUCCGGGCCGGGGGAUCGACGACCUCGUACAGGAUACGAGUGAGGCAGGAUGGUUGCCGGGCUUACAGGAGUUUUGUGAAUUUGGAUUACGGGCUGCCGGUGAGCCGGUGGCCGCAGCCCGGGGUGGAGUUGCAGUGGGUUUUGCCCCGGGAGCCCACGUGUGGAGGGCAGGGGGACUGCGGCUGGGGUUCAACUUGCGGGCCAGACCCGAACUCAAAUGCUGGGAUUAGGAGGUGCUUUUGCAAUUCAGGGCUGCAGUGGGACCCUCUCACUGGAGUCUGCGCUAAAGAGUGCCAAGAUCCAGAUGGUUGUGGAAAAGACCCAACUCCACUCAUAGCAGGUUUAACCGCAGGCCUCGGCGUGGCCCUCAUUGCAGCACUCAUCGGAUUCUUAGUCUACAGGCGCCACCGGCGCAUCAAGGAAGAGCAAGAACGCCUCACCCGUGAGCGCGAAGAGAUCCUCAAUGCCGGUGGUGGGAAAACAGCCAAAGUUUUCACCGGCAAAGAAAUAAAGAAGGCAACUAACAACUUCGCCAAGGAUCGCCUACUCGGAGCUGGUGGCUAUGGUGAAGUCUACAAAGGCAUUCUCGAAGAUGGAACGAUGGUCGCCGUCAAAUGCGCCAAGCUCGGCAAUGCCAAAGGCACCGAUCAAGUCCUCAACGAGGUGCGAAUUCUCUGUCAAGUCAACCACAAGAGCCUCGUUCGCCUUCUUGGCUGCUGCGUCGAGCUCGAACAGCCGUUGCUGGUUUAUGAGUAUAUCCCCAAUGGAACUCUCUUAGACCAUUUACAAGGUGGAAACAGAGGGCUUCUCUCUUGGAAACGCAGGCUUAGCAUCGCCCAUGCAACUGCAGAGGGGCUAGCUUACCUACAUUUCUCUGCAGUUCCACCUAUCUACCAUCGAGACGUAAAGUCCAGCAACAUCUUGCUCGACGAGAAACUCAACGGGAAGGUGUCAGAUUUCGGGCUGUCCCGUUUGGCUCAUACAGAUUUAAGCCACAUUUCCACUUGUGCUCAGGGAACACUGGGGUAUCUUGAUCCCGAGUAUUACAGGAACUACCAACUGACAGAUAAGAGUGAUGUUUAUAGCUUCGGGGUGGUGCUUUUGGAGCUCUUGACGUCCCAGAAAGCUAUCGAUUUCAACAGGCCACCAGAUGACGUGAACUUGGCCGUUUAUGUGCAGAGGUUGGUGGAGGAGGAGAGGAUAAUGGAUGCAGUUGACCCAAUGUUGAAGGAGGGAGCAAGCACGUUGGAGUUGGAGACGAUGAAGGCGCUGGGGUUUCUGGCGGUGGGGUGUUUGGAGGAGCGUCGACAGAAUAGGCCGUCUAUGAAAGAGGUGGCGGAGGAGAUCGAGUAUAUUAUCAGCAUUACAGCUGCUAAGGCUGCAGAGCAGUAGUUAUGGUAGUAGAAGAUGAUGUAGUUGAGUAAGUUUUUUGGUAUGAGAUAUCAGAAUUAAUGGUGUGUGUGUUUCUUCCAUUUGGCUUCCAGUUGAUGUGAUUGUACAUAGAGUAGAGGGGUUGUGAAUAGCAAACAAGUUUUCAUUUUGUUCCUUUUUAUGUUUGUUUUCCUUGGAAAUAAAUCCCUAUCUUUUUUAUGUA